AUGGGCCCACAACGGCUAAUGAAGACUAGGAACAGGACUCGCGACCUCGACCAAAUCUCAUCCGACAUCCUCCAACCCCGCCGUCUGGAACAGCACCUCUCAACCCUUCCCCUCGAAGAACUCCCCGCCCUCGGUCAACUCUACUGCACCCCUUGUGCCAGAUUCCUCGAAUCCCAACAUGCUCUAGCUCAUCAUCAACGUUCAAAAACUCACAAGAAGCGAUUAAAGCUCCUCAGGGAACCUGCCUACUCCCACGAAGAAGCAAAUGCUGCCAUCGGCCAGGGUAUAGACAACGGAAUCGCUACUUUCAGAGUCAACCCGGAAGAUGUGAUCAACCGUGUCAGUAGGGAUAGAAUCCUGGCUCUUAAGAAGGCUCCGACGGCGACGACGGGGAGAGCUGAGUCUUUGGGUUCUGAGAUGGAUGUUGAAGUCGAGCAUCAGCAGAUGGAUGCGCCUCCUCAGCUUGUCCAACAAAUUUACGACGAUGACGAUAAUGACUUGUAA